CGGAGUCGUCUCACAGCUUCUGCAUCUGAGCGUGCACAUCGCACCUCCUCCGCACCCUGCUUGUGGCCUUCAUAUCGUCGAGGAGCUACGCGCGGAGCAGCCAACAGGCUCUACACUUGCUCUUACGAUAUCCUGGGAUCCCAGCAACCACACCACAUCUCAUUGGAUUCUACAUAGACAUCUGGGUUUUUUUUUGCUGCGUACUAAUCGGAUAUCCUCGCUGUUAAGAUGUCGCCCGUUGCAAUGCCUGUAGCCAUGGAUUCUCAGUUUUCUCCCCUCAUAGACGCUUUACGCAAUGCACCCACGGCUCCAGAUGCAAAGGCUGCCGCCGAUCGCCUUGCUCGCGAAGUCUCAAAAACCGGACUUGAGUCUCUCAGCGAUGCACAAAUCAUCACCGCCCUUCAUGCCUUCGCGGGCAACAAGAAGUCGGGUUACGAACGUGAAUCCGCCGUGGUGGCCUUCCAAUCUUUGGUGACUGUACUCGGUGCUCCAGUUGCACCUUUACUUCUGCCCUCUCUCCCGGUCAUCUACGAGCUGUACAUGGACAAAGGCGAUGUGGUCCGCUCGGCGGCUAGCGCUGCCGUCAAAGCGAUCCUGAAGCUUUGCCCUCCCGAGACCACUAGAGUUCUGUUUCGUACCCUCGAAGGCAUCCUCGAGACAGGAAAGUGGAGAACAAAAGUCGGCGUGCUCGACUCUAUCAGGACCUUCUCAAGUUCUGCGCGCGACGCCGUAGCAAACGAGCUUGGGACCACGAUCCCGAAGGUAGAAGCUGCUAUGCAUGACACAAAGCAAGAGGUUUCCACUGCGGCAGUUAAAUGUGCGACCGCGCUAUGCGGAACCCUGGCAAAUCCUGAUUUGAGCCCACACAUCCCAUUGCUCGUCAAGUGUAUGGCCAAUCCGGACUCGGUACCUGCGUGUAUCAAGUCUCUCUCGUCCACCACAUUCGUGGCUGAAGUCACCGCGCCGGCGCUCGCGGUGCUCGUUCCGCUCCUCAUCCGUGCUUUGAACGAUAGGUCGAUGGAGGUUCAGCGUCGAAGCGUCGUUGUCAUCGAUAACUUGGUAAAGCUGGUGCGCGACCCCACCGUUGCCGCCAUUUAUCUCAGCCCUCUUGUGGACGGUGUCGAGAAGAUCGCUAAGGGUGCCGCCUUCCCAGAGGUCCGGGCGUUCGCUGAGACCGCUUCGAACACCUUGCUGAAGUCCGGCGCGUCCAAGGAUGGACCGCCUCCCGCGAGACGUGAUAUUGAGGGCGAAACGUCGUCAGCUUCGUCAGCUCUACUCACCCUUCUCCCAGCGGAGCUUGCAGAUGUGUCUCCCAACCGCCCCAACGGCCCACAUACACCGCGCCACCCGCUUCUCGCCCAGGUGCUGGAUUUCGAGGCGUCCCUUGUUGCAGAUUUGGUACACGACAGGCGAUUCUCGGACAAGGACGUUUGGCAUCGUUGCGUCGGAUCGUACCUUACCCCAUGGUUGUCUGGCGAUGCGGACGCCGCGACCACCUUCGCGGAGACGGUUCGGUCCCACUUCCUCGCAAUCGACCAGGCAAAACAUGCGACGAGUGUCGACGACAGUGGAGAGGAGGGCGAGUUGCUCUGCGAUACACAGUUCUCGCUUGCGUACGGUGCUCUCCUCUUGCUGUCACACACGCGCCUGCGACUGUUCCGUGGCCGUCGUUACGGCAUUUUGGGAACAAAUGGAUCCGGGAAGUCGACCCUCAUGCGGCAAUUGCGAGAUGGCAAAGUAGAGAACUUUCCGCCUCAAGAUCAGCUGCGUUGUGUCAUGGUUGAACACUCGCUGCAAGGCGAAGACACCUCCAUGUCUGUGAUCGACUUCGUUGCCUCCGACAAGGCGCUCUCUGGGAUCCCGCGCACCAAAAUUAGGGACCAGCUAUUGGAGGUCGGCUUUGACGAUAGUCGUCAGGCCGAGCUUGUCGGAGGUCUAUCCGGCGGAUGGAAAAUGAAGUUGGAGCUCGCAAGGGCUAUGCUAUACAAUGCGGACCUGCUUCUGCUUGAUGAGGUCAGCAUCCAUCUCGACCGCGCCUCUGUCCAAUGGCUGGAGCAAUAUCUGAUUGCACAGAAGCACAUCACUUGCCUCAUCAUUAGUCACGACUCUGGAUUCCUCGACACAGUUACGACCGAUAUAGUGCAUUACGAGAGCAAGAAGCUUGUAUACUACAAGGGCAACCUGUCAACAUUCGUAGAAGCACACCCUGAAGCCAAAUCGUAUUAUACCCUCGCUGCAACAUCUGUCAAGUUCUCGUUCCCUCCGCCCGGGUCCUUGAUGGGCGUCCGCAGUAACACUCGGGCUAUCCUCAAGAUGUCUAAUUGCACGUUCACGUAUUCGGGGAGGUCUACACCCAGCCUCUUCAAUGUCAGCUGUGCGCUCUCUCUGUCAAGUCGUGUUGGGAUCGUGGGUCCAAACGGUGCUGGAAAGUCUACACUCAUCAAGCUCUUGACCGGUGAGACUGAGCCGCAGGAGGGCACCGUGUACAAGCAUCCGUCAUUGCGUAUCGGUUACGUCUCUCAGCAUGCGACGCAUCACAUUGAGCGUCAUUUGGAGAAGACCCCGGUACAGUACAUACAAUGGCGCUUCCAAGACGGUCAUGACAGGGAGAUUUUGGAAAAAGUCACCCGUGUGCUCACGCCUGAGGAGCUGGCACUGCUUGAAACUGACUUCGUUGGGAAGAACGGCCAGAGACGCAAGCUCGAGUUGAUCAUGGGUCGUCAAAAGCUGAAGAAAUCGUUCCAAUAUGAGAUCAAGUGGCGUGGUUUCGACCACCGGUUCAAUACGUGGAUUCCAAGAGACGAGCUCAUCGAGAAGGGAUUCACUAAAGUUGUGCAACAGUUCGACGACUUAGAGUCAUCCAGGGAGGGCGCUGGCCAGCGUGACACUUCCGCUCACCUUGUCCGGAAACACCUCGAGGACAUUGGUCUGGACGGCGACAUCGCACAGUACAACGAAAUUUCUGGCUUGUCCGGAGGCCAGAAGAUCAAACUCGUCAUCGCUGCGUGCCUUUGGAACAACCCUCAGAUCUGUAUCCUUGAUGAACCGAGCAACUUCCUGGACAGAGAAGCGUUGGGUGGAUUAGCCGUAGCCAUUCGUGAAUGGGCCGGGGCUGUCGUGAUUAUCUCACACAACCACGAGUUCGUGACCGCUCUCUGUCCUGAGAUUUGGAAUGUGGACGCCGGCCGUUUGACUCAGAAGGGCAAGGCUGCCGUGGUGGAGGAUGCCUUCGCCGUGAAGUCGCCGAAAGGAAGUGGUGCCAACACCCCUGCGCGCUCCCGUUUGCAGACCCCGGCGGGUUCUACCGCGGCAACUCCUGCAGGGAGCGGGACCGAAGACAAGAGCGGAGUUGCCACUCCUGCCAAGAAGAAGAAAAAGUUGACUCGCAACCAAAUGAAGGCUCAGGAGGAACGACGAAGGCUUCGAAAGUUGCACUGGCUUACCCACGGCGGUCCUAAGCCCGAAGACACGGACAGUGACGCAUGAUAGAAUACAUCACCGUACCAUCCAUACUCGCUGCACCUUAGAUAUUGUAGCAUAGACGUCUUCGUAAUAUAUCGCGUAUUUAAUGCGUAAGACCUCGUUUCCAUGCGCGCC